AAUGGGCAAAUGGUAGACAUUGUAGCUCCAUCUGCUCAAGCUCUCAUUGUCCAAACUGUCUUUUGAGGGGAAAAAGAUCUACAGCACAGUGUUCCACUUCUUCAGACUUGCUAGGGUUUGAAGGCACUUUAUCUGCUUGACUGGAUUUGUGUGUCCCUCAGUGUGACAUGGUUUCUGCUUCUUGGUUUUGAGUUGGAGUGCAACAAGGGGAAACUGUAUUUUCUACAUGACAAUCUGCUGACUCAGCAUAGCUGAGCAGAAAUAUAUUAAUUAACCAGGAGCAGCAGCAUUUUUUCAAGGUUUGGGUCUGGACUCCCUUCACUUACGGUUCACAUGAGCAAGGCGAACUGAGGGCUCCAUAACAGGUGGCAAGGGUCAGCAGGGCUCACAGUCAGUACUGCGCUGGAUGUCUGUGGAAGCUUCAUGGGCCUGAAGGAGCAUCUGGAUGAUGGAACAGGCCACAUCCUUGAACUGGGGCUGGAUCUCAACUACCUCCAUGUUAAAGCAAAAGACCAGCAGGCUGGCACUGAUGCUGGACCUAUUAUGGACAGUGGCUUGUCAGACACUGUUGAUAAUGCAGCCCCCUGCACCAGAAGCAGGAGUUCUUCCCAACAAGGGGAUUCAGAUGAAAGUGCAGGGUCAGAUUGCGAGUCUGAGCAGAGUUGUAGUAGUCCUCAUGUGCUCAGCGACGAGUCUGUCCAUGCAGUCCACCCACCACUCUGUUGGUCUCCAUGCCUGGAUUUGGAUUCAGUGGUUCUGGACAUGGUACCCGGAGAGCCAGGCCCUGCUGAUACGCUCAGGAAAUACCAGACAAAGAUGGAGUUUGCCCUUAAGCUCGGUUAUGCGGAAGACUUGGUUCAGCUGGUUCUGAACAAGCUAGGGUCAGAUGCACUGAUUAACGACAUUCUCGGUGAGCUGGUGAAACUGGGAAGUAAGUCAGAGAAUGAGGGUGGGACACAGUUUUCCUCCCAGUUAACUUCCACAUCAUCAUCCUCUGGUUCAUCGUCUUCCUGCAGUUUCUCAGACUCUGUUUACUCCCACUUGUCAGAAUCUCUCUCUUGGACACCUAUGGAUGAUAAGGAUAACCUCCGCCCCAUUGUUAUUGAUGGAAGCAAUGUGGCCAUGAGCCAUGGCAAUAAGGAGGUGUUCUCCUGUCAUGGCAUUCAGCUUGCAGUUGAUUGGUUUCUUGAACGCGGCCAUCGAGACAUUACAGUAUUUGUGCCUGCUUGGAGAAAAGAACAGUCCCGCCCUGAUGCUCUCAUCACAGAUCAGGAGAUUUUAAGACGGCUGGAAAAGGAUAAAAUUCUGGUUUUCACACCCUCACGUCGUGUCCAGGGCCGCAGAGUGGUUUGCUAUGAUGACAGGUUUAUUGUUAAGCUGUCUUAUGAAUCAGAUGGCAUCAUUGUCUCCAAUGACAACUACAGAGACUUGGCUGUUGAGAAACCAGAGUGGAAGAAGUUUAUUGAUGAACGACUUCUAAUGUACUCCUUUGUUAAUGAUAAGUUCAUGCCUCCUGAUGAUCCUCUGGGUCGUCAUGGGCCAAGUCUGGAGAAUUUUCUCAGAAAAAGACCCAUCAUUCCAGAGCAUAAGAAACAGCCCUGUCCAUACGGAAAGAAAUGCACCUAUGGGCACAAGUGUAAGUUCUAUCAUCCAGAGCGUGGCACACAGCCACAGCGUGCGGUCGCAGAUGAGCUCCGCGCCAAUGCCAAGAGCUCCACAGUUAAAAAUGUGGGUCAGUCAGGUCUUGUGAAAAGUCACAGUUUGCCUGGAGGCUCCCGCAAUGACAAAGCCUGUGACAGUAAACGAGUUCAGCCAAAGAGGCAACCUGACCCUAGCAUCCGUGCCCUCUCUUACAGUGAUGUGGAGGACAAGCUAUGUUCCAAAACCAAAGCAGACCUGUAUAAGAGCAACUUUGCUCUGCCCCCUGCACCGGGAGGCCCCCCUUCCUGUCAUGGGCAUACCCAGGACCAGAAGGAUCAUACUAUUUGUUUGGUAAAGAAUACAGAAGCUUCACCAUUGUCUCAAGCAGAACUGUAUCCAACCUGUGAGUCUUCAGAUCUUUAUUACUCCAUGGUUAGGGCAUAUUCUGGCCUAAGCCUGCCCUCUCAGAGGAGUCCAGAUCACCACUUCCUGUCUGAUGUUGAUCCUCGGACCAGCUCAAUGGCGUCAGACUGCAGCAGUGACAGCAGCGUGAGCUCAGAUUCUUAUGGCAUGGCAACCCACAGCGAGCAUUCUUGCAUGAGCUCUCCUGAUUUUUUCCUGGAUGAUGGUAUCAAGUGUCAUCACCAACAUCACCGCAGACAUUACCAAUUACCCUCUGUCAUUUCUCCAGCACGCAUGCUCUCCCCUGCUACACAUAACCAGCCAAGAUUUCGCCACAGCAUGCCGCAUGUUCAUAGCUUAGCUCUAGAAGACCAGCAGGAGAGCCACUUCAAGCACUCUGUCUCCUACAGGACUCCACACCUUCAGCAUCAAGUGAUAGGAGCCUGUUCAAGCUGUCCUGGAGACUUCCCUCCUGUUUCCCAGGGAAACACCUAUUCCCAGAACUCUCCGCUGGGUUGUAGCCUUGCCUCCACAUGUGUGGACAGCGUGUCAGACUCCAGGCUUUAUGAACACUCUCUGUUACUGCCCAGAAAGUCCAACCUAUCUCAAGAUAGCAAGAGCAGCUGGGAUUCAUAUUACAGACAGCACUCACAACUUUGCUACAAGCCAUUCAGCUUCCAGGACUUUUCAAAGAACCGUGAGCAGAUGUGGCGGAUGCCUCGGGGCUGUCCCUUUCCUCCUCCACCUUCCCACCCUUCGCAACCACCCCACAUUUUAGCACACCAGCACCAAGAGCCACCAGCCUUAAAUCGUUAUCAGGAAGUACGAGAGAAAGUAUUUUCCAAUCUUUGUAACAUUUUUCCCUCUGAGCUUGUACAGUUGGUCAUGGGUCAGUACCCUCAUGUGACCGACGCCCAGCAAUUGGCAGCAGCCAUCCUAGCAGAAAAGAUCCAUGCAGGAGUACUGAGGUCAGGGACGGAUUAACCACCGGGACAAUUGGGCCGUUGCCCAGGGGCCUCUAAACCCAAGGGGCCUCAAGCUCUAAACCAAUGUGUGCUGGUCUACAGCAGCGCGAUCACAACCACUCUAGUGCAUGGCUGCGUGAUCAGGGAAUCUCCCUCUCACAGGCGCAGCACGUUUAUUUGAAGGACUACAGAGAACAGUGUUUGAUUCAUUCAGCGCUUUCAAACACAAAGAUAAGGUGCAGUUUACCCUGGCUCUGUGCAAAUCUGAUGGUUUAAAUUCAUAUAAGUGACAGAAUUCAUGCAAUAGUAUAGGGACUUUAAAAUGUUUAAGUCCUGCAUGCAUUUAAUGUUUAAUCAUAAAGCGAAAGAUCAGAUGCCUUAAUACACUAAAUAUGUGCACGGUAACCUUUUGUAAUAUUUGGUUAACAGCAAGAGUUCACAAACGGUUAUUCUGUUACUUGUCGGGACUCGGGAAUAAAGAAUGUUUAUUGCCAUGGAUGCGUCAAACACAAACUCAGACUAGCAGGGAAUAAAGGGCACAUUGAGUUAUGAGCCUAAAUAGCACAAUACAUAGAUCUUCAAAUGAUAAAAUCACAUUAAAGUCAAACAAAAACAAUCUCUGUCACUGCCUGCAACAUAGUAGGCCUAUUAAUCAUUGAAAAAAGCAUAAUUCUGCCCGGGCACUUUCCAUGAGGCAGUGAAUGCUACUGUUAAUAAACCUCUUGGGGAUGCUUUGAUUUUUAAAUGAUUUAGCAUUUAACUUGUGUAAUUAUUUUCUGCACACCAGAGCAAAAGGGGGAAAAAAACACUGGCUCACCGAUUAUCAAACGCUGAAACUUUGCCAGGUGAUAAACAAUCAGGAAUCAUGUGUAAGUGUAACAGUCACAUUAAGUCCUCUUUGCAACCUGAACUUCAUCAGAAUGUCGAUUUGUGACACCAGCGCCACAAAUGGUGAAACAGAACGCAGGUGUCUUGAGAUGCGUUUAUAAAUAUUGAAGUUCUUUUAAACUUAACACGGUGUCUAAAAAAUGUGACGGUCCCGCGCAGUACACAGAAAAAAGUGAGUUGUGGUGCAACGAUCAAAGAUGUCCGUCAAGUGCGUUUACAUAGAAAAACAAUUGAAAAACAGCACAGCAUGUAAACAGCCCAUAACUUGCCCUAUAGCCUACUUGAAAAACUGACCCGAGCCUUGCCCAAAACCUGUAGGUUUGUUGGGUACCAUCGAAUCGGGUUGAAGACCUCUAUAAACGUGCAGAAUAGCCGAAUAGUGAUUUUGGAAGGCUAUUUGAAUACAGGCGCUGUGCACAUCCCUAUUAGUAACGCAUGGUUUUAGAUUGGUUCAUAAUUAAAAAGUACAGAUAAUUAAGACAUUACUCCAAACUUUUCUUCUGUCUAUUUGAAAAAAUCCAACCAAAUCUGCCAAGCGUCCUAUGAUGCAUAAAAGUGAAUGUAGUCACGUCAUGGAGGGCCUCCAUGGUGUACUGGCCCAUGGGCCUCGCAGUUCUUAAUCUGUCCUUGACUGAGGUAUCCAAAGCAGCUGUAAAAGACAGCUGUUAAAGGUGUGAAUGUUGUGAUGCAUGUGAUAUUUAUUUUCGUCUAUUUAUUUUCUAAUAUGUUUUACUUCAUGUUAAUGUUUAUGUUCAGGUGAGAACAUAUUGAAUCACAGGGCACUUUUUCAAUUCAAUACAGUAUGGUAAGAAUAGAAGGAAGGCCACUAUUUGUAGGUGUUGAUGGUCCAUAAUGAAAAUAAUUAGGACAACUUGGCAUUUUCCUUUUUGGAUCACACAAACAGAUGUUUGCAGGACUGCAUUAAUUUGCAUUAACAUAUAAAGGCAUCAGAUGAAAAGCAAGUAAAGGGCAGGACCCUUUGUGCUUUUCUAGUCCAAUGUGACAAUUACUUUUUUGACUUAAAUAUUUUUGAGGAUUUUUAUUUUAUUUUAUAUUUGUUCACAUUGCCCUAUAAUUAGGUAGAGGAGACUGGGGGAAAUUGUAAUAUUUAGUAUUUCCUUCCUAACUCACUGACUACGAAAAAUUAAUUGUUUCCUUAAUUGCAUUUGGGAAUGCAAUUUGUAUUACAUAACUAGUAGUUCAAUUGCCCAUGACCUCACAGCAAGUGUUAGCAUCUGUCAAUUGUUUUAAUUUUGAACAACUAAUAGAUAAAACUAGGGAUAAAACAUAUAUGUUUAAAUUCAAAGAAUCAAAAUCUUGGACAGCAGAAGAAAAAUAUUGGACAUGUUGAAAUUAAGACAUGCAAUUUGUAUUAUAUUACUAGCAUAUCAGCUAGUGUUCGCAAAGUGAAAUGAUAAAAAAAAUAAAAAAAAUUCUCAGAGAGAGAAAUAUACUGACCAUGUGCUGAAUAAGUGUCAUCACUCUAGCUUUUUUUUUUUUUUUCAGAGAAAUGUAGUGUUUCAAUUGCCUCUGGUCUCCCCUAGUAUGUAAAAUUUAAUGGUGCUCAGCAAAUAAUGGCUAGUCCAGUGAAGUAACUUGCCUAUUACUGAUUGCUUAUAUUGCCAUUAUGAUUUACUGUUUACUUUCUGUUUCUGUUUUGUAUUGAUUUUUGUUUUAAUCUUUUAUAGAGAGAAAUGCUUAUUCUUGAAUGUGUUUGUGUGUGUGUAUGUGUGUAUUUGUAGUUUUGGAAGUUGGCUUGGGGUUUUUGUAGUUCUCUCAGUGUUAUGAUCACAGAAAGGGUCUGAAUGUAGCCGCAGGUGUAGUGUAGUACAGACAGGUUGCACUAGCUCUUUCUGAGUAGCUUUUUAGUUUUAGCUACUUGAUACUACAAUAUAUGCCAAUUAUAUCCUGCUCUUCUAAAAGCAACUGAAGUUAAACUCUGAUUGGAUGCAAAUUCAUUAUUAUUUUUAUUAUUAUUUUUUUAUCAAACUUCCUUAUCAGGUAUGAAUUAUUUCAGAACUGUUUUAAUUUUUGAUGUUAUCCAUGGUAAUCAGAGAAUACCUGUCCUUGUUGAUACAAAUUGUAUCUUUUUAACUUAAAUUCAGAGAUGUUUAUAUGAUAUAUGGAAAAAUAUAAUCACACACAAAGCUAUGUACAAAAAGGUAAUACAUAUGUAAAUUAAGAAAUCAUUUGGCAACAUUUUAUCAGAAAGAGAACUUGUCAAAUCAGAAGUUUAUGAGCGAGAGGUGGAGCAAAAAAUUGUCUUGUUUCGAAAAGUUUAAAUAGGGUUAUUGGGGGUAAAAAAAAAAACUGAAUUUGAGGAACUUUUGCUUCAGCACUGGUCGAUGAAACCAAGUCUGAAACCUACAUUUAUAAAAUACAGUUGAAUAGUCUCACACUUUUCAUAUUCCAUAAACUACUGAGUUUCAUUCAUGUCAUUUUUGAUGCAGGGCUUGACUUGAGGUCAUUCUUAAGAGGGCUGGACUUGAGGUCCAAGAAAUGAGCUGCGCUAUACAUUGGGGAUAAAAUGUUGCCUGAAAAAUAUUUGAUAGGAGAACCUUUAUUUUGGAUAAAGAAGAGCCUUCCCUCUUGCCUUGUGGCACUGUGUGCCAUUGUUGGCGGUGGUGUGGGCAUAAGAGUAUUGCCUCUACAUGGCAUUGUGCUUAAGACACAUCUCAAUAAUCUGAACCAUGUUCAGCCUACAAGUUUUCAAUGAUAUAAAAUGUUAACAAGUUUCCAUAAUUUCAGUGUCAUUUUAGUUUAGUUAAAUAUCAAUGUACUUAAAUAGAAGUAUUGCUAGUGCUUAAAAGUGCAUGUAAAGUAACGUAGUAUUAGCUAAUAUGUUUAAGUGUGGGAUAAUAUUCUAUAAUUGCAUGCAGUUGAACAGACUGAUUGUAUGCUUAUUUCUGGUGUUCAUCAUGUAAAUACACAUUUGUCAGGGAUACUUUAAGUCGAACCAGUGUUCAUGACAAGUUUAGAUUUUUAUUUUUAUUUUUUUUUUUACUUUACCGUUGCAUUCAAAUUGAUUUAGGCUUUUUGAGAUAUUGUAAUGCUAGUGUCACACAUAUCUCAAGCAUUAGUGAGCCUUUCAGCUUGCCUUCAGCAGUCUAAGAAUGCCAAGGGGGAGCUGAACAAAAGCUGAUUGCUGGAGUCUGUGAUUGUGAUAAUUGUGACACGUACAGUAACUGAUAGAAGCAAAGACAUACUAAAUAACAGACUGCGCCAUCUCUAACAGGUGCAUUGAGGCUUAAUAUAUGAUAUAUCAGUGGGCUUUAUGCUUAAGGACCAAAGGAAGCAAUGAGUAAGGUAAAGUUAGCAUUUUAAUGGCCCCUGGCAAUAAUGCAUUAGUUGUUCAAAGUAGAGUUUGAGUUUCAAAAAGAGUUAUGUUAGAGGUAAAUGUGUGAAUUAUUUGUUCAUUGAUGCAAUGGAUUUAGUUGUAUAUCAUUAUGUUUCCAAAUAUGUAUCUUUCAUCAAAAUAAAACUGCAAAAAGAG